AUGCUUCGGCUGAAUGUAGGAUUUCUUAUGCGGCAUAUAGGACAAGAUGUGCCAAAACGGCAUACCCACUUUGUUUUGGAGUCUAGGCUAAUGUACGAAAAGUCCUUUCGCGACAAUUGGCUGUACAGUGUUUGUCGCGCCGUUUCGCAACUUGAUGAGCCGUUGUCCAAGACAAUAUUAGGCACACGGCAGAAGAUGUUACAACGCAAGGUUGCAUGCUUUCAAUAUAAUCAGUAUGGGCUAUUUAAGGUGCCGUAUUAUCGCUUAGCCAACGUCGAUCGCUAUCACGCGGUCCAAGGUGUUCCAGGAACACGGGAGUGGGUUCCAUACGCCAACGUUUCGUACUGGACGAUGAACAAGAUGGUGCGUAGUGGCAACUUAUUGGUGCAUCGGGUGCAUUACACUGGUUGGGGAACAGAUACGCAUCUCAAGCGGGGUGGAUGGGAGCAUCGCUGGAAUAAAGUAAUGCAACGCAAUACACUUCAGUACUCUCGAAUCUAG